AUGUUCAAUUCCAGCUUUCUUCCCAGAAAGAAAGGAAUUGGAGUUCAGCUUGGGAUUGGAAUCAGAGACUCAAACGCAUACGUUUCUACUUCGAGGGAUGAUAAUGGUCUGGGGAGGAAGUGGAUCUUUGAUAAUGAUUAUGAGUCUGCUAAAUCGACUAAAUUACACCUGAUAAGGGAUUCUCAAGAAGUAAUAAUAAACGCUAUUCGCGAGGAAGUCGUAUGUCCUGUUGAAAAUAGGCAAACUGAAGAGCUUACUUCUUCGGUCGAUGACGAUAUGCUAAUGAGCAGUUCUACUGAAGAGGGGCAGGAGCUAGUAAGCCCGAAGCUGCUUUUUGAUGAUCUUGAUAAAUUUUUGAGUGAUACACCAAUGUGGAUUAGACCUUUUCGCAGUGUUGAACUUUCGAUAGACUGUCAAUAUGAAACGAUGGCCGAUACACCCAUAUCACCUCGAGAUUUCGUUCCUGAAGAACUACUUUCACGAAUUGAGAGUCAAGAAGGAUCAGCAAGAGCCUUUAAAAAUGGUAGUUCUUUCGAAGAAUUUGCCGGUUGCAGUUCUAAUAAGUGUUCAGCAGAUAACUUGAGAGAUUUCGAAGUUGUUGACCCAAAUGAUGCAGAGCUCUUCAGCAUUGGAGGAGUACACACUACGAAGGACUUACGUUUGAAUUACGACCAUCAAAAUAUUAUAUGUUUUGCCUCAGGCCCUACAAACAGUAUACUAAACGUCGCCACUUUAUGCCAUUAUCUCGAGAUUAUUAAAAUGAAAGACCAAGAGGUGAAAACUUCUAAAUCUUACAGCUUCCAACUCAACCCAGAAAGAAAAGUGACAUCAUUUGAUCUCAGGUCUACAAUCAAGAAGAUCAAGAUCGGUACUCUAUCUCCAGUUUUAAAUAGAUUUUCGAAUCUACUCGCAGCAAUCACAGACAAUGGAGUACACUUUAUAAAGAUCGAAAAUAUCAAUACUUCGACCGGCGAGAUUAUAACUUCAAGGCCAGAUCCAUUACCUUUCUCUGCCUUAGAAGAUUUUCCAAUAGCAGACGUUACUUUCAAUCCCUGGGACAUAAAUGAGUUUGCUGUUAUCGACACAAAAGGAAAUUGGUGCAAAGGGAUGCUAUCUAAAAGUAAUUGUAGAAAGCUAGGUCUUUCUCUAACCGAUAAAGGCACUAUAUUUGACCCAGAGGAAGUUUCAUCUUGGAAAAAGAUAGAGUGGUCAGGCAAUCACAAUAAACUAUUUGCAAUGGACAGGUCUAAACUAAUUGAGCUCAAUUUUCAAGAUGAUUCUCAAUUUGAGCUUGUUCAAGCUAAAUCUUGGUCAUCGUUGAGAGAUUUUAAACGCGUUUCCGAUGAUUACUGUAUUUUGCUUACUUCGAAAGAAAUCAUCAUCAUAAACAGUAGGGGGCAUGUAGCUGAGCGGGUUCUUUCUUGGAAACAUGAUUUAGAACCUUCUGAUACAACCUUAAAGGUUGCAGUACAAGAGGUUCUUAAGUUUAAGACCGAAAUAAACCUUUACUACAUAUAUGUGUUUUCCCAUCUACACUCUCAAGUUCUUGUCCAUUGCUUUGCAUCCCGUGGCAGCAUAAUUCAAUCCCUUGGCGACUCGUUCGUAAUGGAUUUCGGAAUUUGUGGAAAAGGAGUAAAUGCCAUCGGUUUUCCUGUUUCCUCUUCCAAAGGAAACAAUUUUUCAGGAACAAGCACUUCAAAUCACCAAAUUUGGAGCUCUCUCUUUGUCCGAAGUUCUGAUACGCUAUCAAUUUCAAAAUACUCUGUGACAAAUGUAGAUGGUACGAUAAGCUCACCUAGAAAGAACCAACUUGAAACUGGGAAGGGCCUUUUAACCUAUACUUCACAAGAUGUUGUUCCACGAGGCCUUGUCAAGUAUAUGACCCAAAGCCUUCCUGUGUUAGUACAUAGUCACGAUAUCACUCAAGACUUCACGAAUUUUCAGAAUUACGGUUACAAGCUUUCCGAGAGGCUUAACAAACUUAUCGAAUCCUGGAACGAUGAUAAAAGGGAUAAUCAUAGCCACUACCCUCACACUCUGCAUCAAAUAUCAAACGAUCUAGAUUACUUUGAAAAUACUGAUGAGUUUAGCUCUUUUCUUCUGCAGUUUAUGGAAUACUACCAAGGACAUGGAUUUUCGUUCAAUGGCCUUGAAGCUAUCACAAAUCUUUUGGUAAGCGAACAAGUGGAGAAUUGGGGAACAUUUUAUAAUAAAUUGUUGCAAUGUUGGGAUUUUGGAAGUAAUGACGAAGAAGCGUUGGCGCGUGAGAUUAUGAAGGACAUUGCUCUCACAACUACGAGUUUCUGUGAUUUUUCAAAUUUAGCAGAUACAAAUUUAGAGGCACUCGAUUGCCUUUCGAAAAACUAUCGAGAAAUAGCAGAUCUUUGGGAUGAAGAUUUUGAAACCUUUGAUCAGAACCUCACAAGUGAAUCAUUUUUGAUUAAUUCGGUUUCUCAGGGUUCACAGAUUCCUCCCACUAUAAGAUCUUCUCAGGGUCCUUCGAAAAAGGUAAAGGGGCAACGGCUGCGGCGCAAAACUCCGCUUCAUAGCUCACAAGUUUCUUCAAGGGAUUCACCUGCAUUCUCAUCUUCCAGAUAUUCACAAGCAUCUAAUGCAUCUAAUGCAUCUAAUGGCCUGCCGAGCACAAUGGCCCCUGCAUUUUCUUUGCCGAUCUCUUCACAGCCUCCAGUUCCAAUGCUUUCUCAUUCCCAAGCCUCGCAGAAUCAUAAAAGAAAGAAAAAAAGAGUACGGGGAUUUGGUUAA